CCGGACAAACGUUGCGUUCCAGACCAUCCAAGACGUGCCAGCGUGAUCAGACUGAUACAGUCGUGGAAGCUUACAGAGCCAGUUAUAUCAUUCGCCGCCAGUGUAAUUAGAGAUCGCAUAUGGUGCUGGUGCUGGAUGUGUGUUCUGUAGCGGCCCCGCAGCGUUGCUGACACCGUCUUGUGACACCCCAGUAUCGGAUAUUCCUGAGACCUCUGCAGCGAGUGACACAGUGCAGGUGGUGUCAAUGACAGUAUGGAGGAGACGUAUCUCAGGGUCCGAGCAUGAGCUGCAUGACGCCUGUCGCCUCUGUGUGGUGAUGCUGUAAUAUAUAUAAUUCCUAAUUGUAUAUGUUGCCUGUAGUGCGGGCUCCAGGGAGGCGCUGCUAUGUCGGGGGAUGAGCAGCAACAGAGACACAUCCUGAAGUUAAUUCAGGAAGGCAAAUUGCUUCUUCUCCAAGAGGAGCUCCAGAAGGACCCCAGCCUUCUCAGGGAGCUGUCUAGUAGGCAUUACGGGAGAUCUGGUGAUACUUUGUUGCAUUAUGCUACAAGACAUGGGCAUCUCCAUAUACUGGCUUAUUUGGUGGAAGUGGUGGGCAUGGAUGUGGAGGUUCUCAAUAGUGAUUACAAGAGACCUCUCCAUGAAGCUGCAUCUAUGGGUCACAGAGACUGCUUGUUGUAUGUCCUAAGUAAAGGAGCUGAGGUGGACUGCCUGAAAAAGGCUGACUGGACACCCCUGAUGAUGGCUUGUACCAGAAAAAAAUUAAAUGUGAUCAAAGAUCUCAUUAAGCACAAAGCCAACCCCAACCUGAAAAAUAAAGAUGGCUGGAACUCUUUUCAUAUUGCAUCCAGGGAGGGAGACCCCACUAUCAUCAAGUAUCUGCUUGAUGUCUUCCCUGACAUUUGGAACACUGAAAGCAAGAUUAAGAGAACACCACUACACACAGCAGCAAUGCAUGGAUGUUUUGAUGUAGUGAAGAGCCUUCUAGACAGGUGCAACUAUGAGGCAGACUGCAAGGACAGCUGCGGAGUGACCCCAUUCAUGGAUGCAGUGCAGAAUGGUCACCUCCACAUUGCCCAGUUGCUUAUAGAAACGAAAAAGGUCUGCCACACAGCUAUGGAUAAAAUGGGAGCUCAGGCGUUGCAUCGGGCUGCAGUUACCGGAAAAUACCAAUCUCUUCAGUACCUGGUGUCUCAACUUGGUGUCAAUGUAAACGAAACAGCAACUCCAGUCCUGCUGAGCCCGCUACACUAUGCUGCCAAGGAGGGACAUGUCCGUUCUAUCUCGGUGCUGUUGUCCCUGGGUGCUGACCUAAAAUACCAAGAUGCAAAAGGAAGAUCAGCUCUUCACAUGGCAAGCUCGGGCCAACAUGCAGAAUGUGUUACCUUUCUCUUGAAAUCUGGGCUCAGUGACACACCUGACUGCCAUGGGAUGUUUGCUGAGCAGUUGGCAGAGAGACCUGAAGUCAAGCAAGUCUUCACACUUUUGCAAGAACUAAAUAACCAAAUGUAAAAAUGAAUUAACUAAAGGACCAGUAAGCCUAAGCUAAAAUAUAUUGAUAUAUAUGAUAUUUUAAUCAACUGAUUGAAUUGCUUGCAAAUCCGAGAGGUACAUUUUAUGAAGGGACAUUUAGUCAUUUUUUGAAAAAAAAAAAAAAAAAAAAUGUAUACAGCACAUUAUAUAGAUAUAUAAUAUAAUAUAAUAUAAUAUAAUAUAUAGAUGUAUGUGUCAUUAUCUCAGUAAGGGAACCAAAACGGUGUGAUUUUGGAUAAGGGAUACUCAACCUGUAUAGCCAAUUUACAAUUGUAUCUAGUGUGUGUGUGUGUGUGUGUGUGUGUGUGUGUGUGUGUAUAGAAACAUAUACAGGUUGAGUAUCCCAUAUCCAAAUAUUCCGAAAUACGGAAUAUUCCGAAAUACAGACUUUUUUGGGUGAGAGUGAGAUAGUGAAACCUUUAUUUUUUGAUGACUCAAUGUACACAAACUUUGUUUAAUACACAAAGUUAUUAAAAAUAUUGUAUUAAAUGAUAUUUAGGGUGUGUGUAUAAGGUGUAUAUGAAACCUAAAUGAAUUGUGUGAAUGUACACACACUUUGUUUAAUGUACAAAGUUAUAAAAAAUACUGGCUAAAAUGAC